AUUAUUAUUAUUAUUAAUUUAUUAUCAUCAUUGUUGUUGUUAACGAAUGAAUGAAUCCGCCACACAGCACACAAUACAGCACAACAACAUCAUCCCUCACGCCAAAUAAACGAUUCCUCUCCUCAUCCUCAUCCUCCCAUCUCUCUCCACAACCAACAUCACCUCGUUUCGGGCCAAACUCGACCCGGAUCACAACCCGUUUCCUUCAACCACUUCCGCCUUGUUCCAAACAACCAGUAUCAAAUACUGCAAAAGCUAAAUCGACUCUUUCACUAGAUAAUCACACCACCAUUAAAACGAUCGUUCAUUUCUACUCGUGUAUUCGUUUUUGAGCUGGUCAAAAUGGUGGGUUUAUUCUCGCGAUUCACCGUUAAAAAGAGCAUGCAUCGACGCACGCAAAGUGCCCGCUUGGAGGAGAGGGAUGUACUUCCUGCAAACGCAGAGGCGGCGGCGGCUUCUGUUGCUGCAAGUGCGGCGGCCACUGCAACUUCUCAUGGAAUUGAAGUGGCUGUGGAAUUUAAGCCAGUUGAACAUCCGGUUGAGCCUCUUGACAAUGAUCGACCAGUUCAAUGUCCGUUGCCAGAACCAUCUAUUCUUAAUGAUGGAAGAAUAUGGAAAGAGCGAGCAUCUGCUACCAUGCAUAGAAGAGGUGACCUGCCAGUAAUGAAAGAAGGGGAAUCCCUCGAGCAUGAAGGUGGUGGUAAUACUCGGCCGCGAAGAUCACGUUCUAAUCGAAUGAUCCUACCAUCUGUUAGUGCUCCUGAGCAUAAUCUUCUAAAACUUCUUGAAGAGUCGGGCAUCUAAACUGGUAUUGUUUUUAUGGGUGUAUUUUGGUGGCAUAAAUUUUAUCAACUUAAAUGUGGAAUACAAUUUUUUGUCAUCCUUUACUAGCUCAAUGUUAUUUAUACCCCCGAAUAUGCGUAUAUUCAUAUGUAUAAUAAUAAUAGUAAACAAAAGAUUUUUACUUGCUGUUUGAUAUGAUAUAAUUUGAAUUUAUACUUUUGGUCCA